AUGUAUAAAGAAGAAACAAAAGAAUUACAAAUUGAUAAUAAUAAGUACAAUACUCAUGGAGGAUUUGCACAAGGUAUACAAACACGUCAAAUGAAUAGUCAAGGUUUAAGAAUCAUCCCAGUGUUUGCUCCGAAUUUUAUGAAAAAUUCAAAAUAUAGCUUUUUAAAGAAUGAGAUAGUUGAUAAAGCAUUAAACUUCUGGCAAAGUGCUCUUAAUGUUAAACGGCCAUCGAACAAAAACAUCCUAAUCAAAAGAGGGUGUACAAAUGAUAGACUUUGGUUCUUUCCUUCCAAAAAUGGAUCGGUUGACACAGUUUGCGAAUAUAAUUGUCUUCCUUUUACUAAAUGUCAUACAAUGGAAGUACCUCAGAAAUUUUUACAAGCAUGUAGAACACGAUAUGGAACUAGUGGAUUGGAUGGUUCCGGUUUACCAGGCAAUGGAUAUUUAAUGAUAAUUGACGCUUCGCCAGGUGGCUUAUGCAGAGAUGGGUGGUUGUUGGCUUAUGCAAACACUUGUCAGUUGGAAGGAAAUACUGAUCGGCCAAUUCUUGGAUUUAUUAAUUUCUGCCCAAAUCGUUUGGAUGAACAUUAUCCAAUGAGCAAAGUAUUACGGUAUACGGCAAUUCAUGAAAUGGGACAUGCAUUAGGCUUUAACAGAAAUCUUUACCCUUUCUAUCGUGACGAUCAUGGCAAGCCACGAACGCCACGUAAUCCCGUUACAGGAAUGCCAAGUACUCCGAGGGGUGAGUUCGGAAUAUUUGCUCCUAGUACUAAUGUCGUUAGAGAAGUCACUCGCACUUGGAAAUCCGCAAUGGUUACUUCGACACGGAAAAUAGGAGCCCUUGUUCUUCCAAAAACCUUGGAAUUUGCCAGAAGUCAUUUCAACUGCUCAAAUUUAGACGGUGUGGAUCUUGAAAAUGAAGGCAGUGGUGCCACAGCUUUAACACAUUUUGAGAAGAGAGUUGUGAAUGAUGAACUUAUGUCAGGAAGUGUUGAACUAUCGUUAACUAUUUCAGGGCUAACAUUAUCAGUUUUCCAAGAUUCUGGGUGGUAUGACGUUGAUUUCCAGAUGGCCCAAGACUGGAAAUGGGGAAAAAAUUUAGGAUGUGACUUUGUUACAAAAAGUUGUUCUGAAUACAUGGCCUUAAAAAGAUCCCGAAACGAAUCAACUGGUCCAUGGUGUGAUUACUUUGAUCGAACACGUGCUCAGUGUGUACCAUAUAACAAAGCAUAUAAUUUGUGUAACAUGGUUCGACAUCAGCAUCGAAUCCCACCAGACAAACAACAUGUAACAAAUCAUAGAGAACGUGAAUUCUUGGCAGGUGAUAGUAAAUUACAUGAUGGGUGUGCAUUUUUUCAGCCGAUGCCAAACCUUCAUGGAACAGGUCAAACGUCAGUUUGCACAGAUACUGAAAAUAAUCAGCGUUUAGGUGUGAACCCUUUGAUGCAACGAUUUGGACCGAAUUCAAUGUGUAUUAAUCAUGGAGACAAUAAACGAUGGGUAGUAGAAACAAGAAGAGGUAUUCAGAGUACCGAUGAUAUGGGAGCAACGUGCCACGAACACCUAUGCGGUAAUGGAUUAACAAUUAUGAUAGGACCGAAUGCUAUUUCGUGUCCAAAACAGGGAGGAACAGUGGCUCUAAACGUACCAGGGAAUUCAGGAUUGAUCAAAGGUUUUGUUCACUGUCCACCAUGUACUGAAGUGUGCGGAGUGAGUUGA